AUGAUCUCCGAGAUCUCGCCUAACCCCAAGAGCCGGGGCAAUGGAGCUCCCGUCACCGUAACGGCCGUCUAUCUGGCACACUCCCGAAGGAUGGGCGAAGAUGUGGAAUCUGUGGACCAGCAUUGUCUCAACGGUGCCCGGAUGUACUGUAUUAGGAUGACGGGCGGGUGGAUGGUGGAGCCGGUGGAGGACCACACGGGGUACUUCGUGUACAUAGGUGGGAUGGGAAAGUCUAGCGGUGCAUGA